AUAUAAACAAACACAAUGGAUCAUCUCAAACCAAGAGUGAGUUUGUUGUUCCUCACUGACCUCACCAUGGCGACCAGAGCCAAGCUUUCUUUAGCUAUCUUCCUUUUCUUUCUUUUAGCCUUGAUUUCAAACCUAGCCUUGGGCAAACUUAAAGAAACCGAGGUCGAAGAAGAUCCCGAGCUCGUAACAUGCAAACACCAGUGCCAACAGCAACGGCAAUACACUGAGAGUGACAAGCGAACAUGCUUGCAACAAUGUGACAGUAUGAAGCAAGAGCGAGAGAAACAAGUCGAAGAGGAAACUCGCGAGAAGGAAGAAGAACAUCAAGAGCAGCAUGAGGAGGAGGAAGACGAAAAUCCCUACGUUUUUGAAGAAGAUAAGGAUUUUUCGACCAGAGUCGAAACAGAAGGUGGCAGCAUUCGGGUUCUCAAGAAGUUCACUGAGAAAUCCAAGCUUCUUCAAGGCAUUGAGAAUUUCCGUUUGGCCAUCUUAGAAGCUAGAGCACACACGUUCGUGUCCCCACGCCACUUUGAUUCCGAGGUUGUCUUGUUCAACAUUAAGGGGAGAGCCGUACUUGGGUUGGUGAGGGAAAGUGAAACAGAAAAAAUCACCCUAGAACCUGGAGACAUGAUACACAUACCAGCAGGCACACCACUGUACAUCGUUAACAGAGAUGAGAAUGAGAAGCUCCUCCUUGCCAUGCUCCAUAUACCUGUCUCUACUCCUGGAAAAUUUGAGGAAUUUUUCGGGCCUGGAGGACGAGACCCAGAAUCGGUCCUCUCAGCAUUCAGCUGGAAUGUGCUGCAAGCUGCGCUCCAAACCCCAAAAGGAAAGUUAGAAAGGCUUUUUAAUCAACAGAACGAGGGAAGUAUUUUCAAAAUAAGCAGAGAACGGGUGCGUGCGUUGGCCCCCACCAAGAAAAGCUCUUGGUGGCCAUUCGGCGGCGAAUCCAAGGCUCAAUUCAAUAUUUUCAGCAAGCGUCCCACUUUCUCCAACGGAUAUGGCCGUUUAACUGAAGUUGGUCCUGAUGAUGAAAAGAGUUGGCUUCAAAGACUCAAUCUCAUGCUUACCUUUACCAACAUCACCCAGAGAUCUAUGAGUACUAUUCACUACAACUCACAUGCAACGAAGAUAGCACUGGUGAUGGAUGGUAGAGGGCAUCUUCAAAUAUCAUGUCCACACAUGUCAUCAAGGUCACACUCAAAGCAUGAUAAGAGUAGCCCCUCAUACCAUAGAAUCAGUGCGGACUUGAAGCCUGGAAUGGUGUUUGUUGUCCCUCCUGGUCAUCCCUUCGUCACUAUAGCUUCCAAUAAAGAGAAUCUCCUCAUAAUUUGCUUCGAGGUUAACGUUCGAGACAACAAGAAGUUUACGUUUGCAGGGAAGGACAACAUUGUGAGCUCUCUGGACAACGUAGCUAAGGAGCUGGCCUUUAACUAUCCUUCUGAGAUGGUGAACGGAGUCUUCGAAAGAAAGGAGAGUCUCUUUUUCCCCUUCGAGUUGCCGAGCGAGGAGCGUGGUCGUCGCGCUGUUGCGUGAGAAGCAGUGUGGAGGUGGCUGAUAACGGGGAAUGUAUUUAGCUUUGAGAGUCUUUAAAUUUUCUGUAUUUGUUGUAAUGUUAGUAGUUCCUUAAAUUGGCCAGAUGGAGUUUAUGUGUUUGUAAAUGCAGGGAUGCUAACGGAAUAAAAUGGCCACUUGUAUUGCUAUCCCUUGCGCUAGCAUAAUAGAAAGGGUUGAAUCGAGCUAAUCCGAGUUUCAUUCAGUUUAA